GCGGAUUCUCAAAGGCGCCUUGUUCGCUCGUGCCCUCCCCGCGCCAGCGGGCGGCGCCUCGGCUCGCUCCGGCCUUCCCUCCGGCCGCGCCGCGGGCUCCGGGCAGACCCGGCGCCGUGCCCGCUCAUGGGGUCGCACUGGGCACCGAGCGCCGUGGCUUCCUCAGGCGUUGCCUGCCCGAAGGCGGCCCACGUCCUUUAGUGACCCCAUUUCCCUGGACCCUUCCAACCAGAGUCGCCUGCUCCCUUAUCUUACCAUUGCUCCCCCUCUACCUGGGCUCUGGGACUCCCUUACCUUGUCCCCCACGUGCAUCUCCUAGGACCUGACUAGCCUGUGUUUAUCGGUGGUCCCAGUCUCUGGCUCCCGGAAGAACACCUCCCCGCCCAUCCUCCGCCCCAGUUCGCCACUAUCUACAGCCUGGUCUAUAAAUAACCCCGCCCCGGCGGCCGGGCUCUAUAAUUACACGGGGCGGGGCGGGGCGAGGGAAGUAAUUACAGAGACCUGAUUUUGGGGAAGGUGGGGACUAUGACCCCCAGGCCCGCCUCUCCCCUCCCACUGUGCCCUAAAUCCCGCCCAGGCCUCUGCUGAAAGGGGGCUUGGCCCCCAAAAGGGAGUGAACGGGAGGGGGUGUGUGUGACUGGACGUUUGGGUCCUGGAAAAGGAAGGGACUAGGGAAAACUUUGGGGUUCCUGAAAAGAGAAUCUUGGGGUACAGUCAAUUCGACCUGCAAGGAACAGGAGAGAGCAAGCGAGAGAGGGAGGGUUCCCGCCUCCCUCCCCAGCCUCUGACCUCCCUGGGACCCCGGCGUCCGAGGCUCAUAGUCUGCUCCCUGUCUCUGUCAGCCUCUGAGCGUCCAGCGCCUCAGGCAGACCUGGGUCCCUGGGACCCGGCGUUCCGGUCGCUCAGCCAUGGAGCGGUGCCGCCGCUGCCAUCACCACCUCCUCCUCCUCCUCCUACCUCUGGUGCUGGGGCUGAGCGCGGCCCCAGGCUGGGCAGGUGCACCCCCCGUGGAUGUGCUCCGAGCCCUGAGGUUCCCCUCCCUCCCUGAUGGUGUGCGGAGAGCAAGAGGCAUCUGUCCAGCUGAUGUGGCCUACCGAGUGGCACGACCUGCCCAGCUGAGUGCACCCACUCGCCAGCUUUUCCCAGGAGGAUUUCCCAAAGAUUUCUCUCUGCUGACUGUUGUCCGGACCCGCCCUGGUCUCCAGGCUCCUCUCCUGACUCUCUACAGUGCCCAAGGUGUCCGACAGCUGGGCCUGGAGCUGGGCCGACCUAUCCGCUUCCUGUAUGAGGACCAGACUGGACGGCCUCAACCUGCAGCUCAGCCAGUCUUCCGAGGCCUCAGCCUAGCAGAUGGCAAGUGGCACCGUGUGGCUGUGGCUGUGAAGGGUCAGUCUGUCACCCUCAUUGUUGACUGCAAGAAGCGAGUCACCCGGCCUCUCCCCCGAAGCGCUCGUCCAGUAUUGGACACGCAUGGAGUGAUAAUCUUUGGUGCCCGUAUUCUGGAUGAAGAAGUCUUUGAGGGUGAUGUCCAGGAGCUUGCCGUUGUCCCAGGGGUCCAAGCAGCCUAUGAAUCAUGUGAGCAGAAGGAGCUGGAAUGUGAGGGGGGUCAGAGGGAAAGACCCCAAAACCAACAGCCUCACAGAGCCCAGAGAUCUCCAAAGCAGCAGCCAUCAAGACUUCAUAGGCCACAAAAUCAGGAACCCCAGCGCCAGCCCACUGAGUCUCUCUACUAUGACUACGAGCCCCCCUAUUAUGAUGUGAUGACUACGGGGACGACCCCUGAUUAUCAGGACCCCACCCCAGGUGAAGAGGAAGAAAUCCUGGAGUCAAGCCCCUUGCCACCCCUUGAGGAGGAGCAGACAGAUCUCCAGGUCCCCCCCACAGCUGACAGGUUCCCGGCAGAGGAAUAUGGGGAGGGUGGCACAGACCUCCCUGAAGGGCCCUACGAUUACACCUAUGGCUAUGGGGACGAUUAUCGUGAGGAGACAGAGCUUGGCCCUGCCCUCUCUGCGGAGACAGCCCACUCAGGAGCCGUUGCCCAUGGACCCCGGGGGCUGAAGGGAGAGAAGGGAGAGCCUGCUGUGCUGGAACCUGGUAUGCUCGUGGAGGGGCCCCCUGGCCCAGAAGGCCCUGCGGGACUGAUUGGUCCCCCUGGCAUCCAGGGGAAUCCAGGCCCAGUUGGAGACCCCGGAGAGAGGGGCCCCCCUGGCCGAGCAGGGCUCCCUGGAUCAGAUGGGGCUCCUGGUCCUCCUGGCACAUCCCUCAUGCUCCCAUUCCGGUUUGGCAGUGGUGGGGGUGACAAGGGCCCUGUGGUGGCGGCCCAAGAGGCUCAGGCCCAGGCCAUCCUGCAGCAAGCAAGGCUGGCUCUCCGUGGACCCCCUGGCCCCAUGGGAUACACAGGGCGUCCUGGACCCUUGGGACAACCUGGGAGCCCUGGCCUUAAAGGAGAGUCUGGAGACCUAGGACCUCAGGGCCCCAGAGGACCUCAGGGCCUCACAGGCCCUCCUGGCAAGGCUGGGCGAAGGGGCCGGGCAGGUGCUGACGGAGCCCGAGGGAUGCCUGGAGAACCUGGAGUGAAGGGUGACCGAGGUUUUGAUGGACUCCCGGGGCUCCCUGGAGAGAAGGGCCAUAGGGGUGAUACUGGUGCCCAGGGCCUUCCUGGUCCCCAUGGUGAGGAUGGAGAGAGGGGAGAUGACGGGGAGAUUGGGCCUCGAGGGCUGCCUGGAGAGUCGGGACCUCGAGGUCUCCUUGGUCCCAAAGGCCCACCUGGUAUUCCUGGACCCCCUGGCAUCCGAGGCAUGGAUGGUCCCCAGGGUCCCAAAGGGAGCUUGGGACCCCAGGGAGAGCCAGGACCUCCUGGACAACAGGGUACUCCUGGGACCCAGGGUCUACCUGGGCCCCAAGGUGCCAUCGGCCCUCAUGGAGAGAAGGGUCCUCAAGGGAAGCCAGGGCUCCCUGGCAUGCCUGGCUCAGAUGGACCCCCGGGUCACCCAGGGAAAGAAGGUCCCCCUGGAACCAAAGGAAACCAGGGUCCCUCUGGACCUCAGGGUCCUCUAGGAUACCCAGGACCUCGAGGGGUCAAGGGUGUAGACGGAAUUCGGGGUCUGAAGGGUCAUAAGGGUGAGAAGGGCGAGGAUGGCUUUCCCGGGUUCAAAGGUGACAUAGGCGUGAAAGGUGACAGGGGCGAGGUUGGAGUCCCUGGUUCCAGGGGAGAGGAUGGUCCCGAGGGGCCAAAGGGACGCACUGGACCGACUGGAGACCCUGGGCCCCUGGGGCUCAUGGGUGAGAAGGGCAAGCUGGGUGUUCCUGGUCUUCCUGGCUAUCCUGGACGUCAGGGACCCAAGGGGUCCCUAGGAUUUCCUGGCUUUCCUGGCGCCAGUGGAGAGAAGGGAGCCCGGGGCCUGUCAGGGAAGUCAGGACCUCGGGGAGAACGGGGCCCCACGGGUCCACGAGGCCAGCGAGGACCCCGGGGUGCCACCGGGAAGUCUGGAGCUAAGGGAACAUCGGGUGGCGAUGGCCCUCAUGGGCCCCCUGGAGAGAGGGGCCUUCCUGGACCUCAGGGUCCCAAUGGAUUUCCUGGACCCAAAGGACCCCCGGGCCCCCCCGGGAAGGAUGGGCUGCCGGGACACCCAGGCCAGAGAGGAGAAGUGGGUUUCCAAGGGAAGACCGGCCCCCCUGGUCCUCCAGGAGUGGUGGGACCUCAGGGAGCAGCAGGAGAAACUGGCCCCAUGGGGGAGAGAGGUCACCCAGGUCCCCCAGGGCCCCCUGGAGAGCAGGGACUGCCUGGAACUGCUGGAAAAGAAGGAACAAAGGGUGACCCUGGUCCCCCUGGGGCCCCAGGGAAGGAUGGUCCUGCUGGUCUGAGGGGAUUCCCAGGAGAGAGAGGCCUCCCAGGCACUGCUGGUGGACCUGGUUUGAAGGGGAAUGAAGGUCCGGCUGGCCCCCCUGGCCCUGCAGGCUCCCCUGGGGAACGAGGUGCAGCAGGAUCAGGGGGACCCAUUGGUCCACCAGGGCGCCCAGGCCCGCAGGGUCCCCCUGGAGCAGCAGGAGAAAAAGGCGUCCCGGGUGAGAAGGGGCCCAUUGGCCCAACUGGCCGAGAUGGGGUGCAGGGUCCUGUGGGGCUUCCUGGUCCUGCUGGGCCUCCGGGUGUGGCUGGAGAGGAUGGUGACAAGGGUGAGGUGGGGGACCCUGGACAGAAGGGCACCAAAGGGAACAAGGGCGAACAUGGCCCUCCUGGACCCCCUGGACCCAUUGGUCCAGUGGGGCAGCCUGGAGCAGCGGGAGCAGAUGGGGAGCCCGGAGCUCGUGGGCCCCAGGGACACUUUGGAGCCAAAGGUGAUGAAGGCACAAGAGGAUUCAAUGGGCCCCCAGGACCCAUAGGCCUACAGGGUUUGCCAGGCCCCUCUGGGGAGAAGGGAGAAACGGGAGAUGUGGGUCCUAUGGGACCACCUGGCCCCCCAGGACCUCGAGGCCCAGCUGGACCGAAUGGUGCUGAUGGCCCACAAGGUCCCCCAGGAGGUGUUGGGAACUUGGGUCCUCCUGGAGAGAAGGGGGAACCAGGUGAAUCAGGAUCUCCAGGGGUCCAGGGCGAGCCAGGUGUCAAAGGUCCACGAGGGGAGCGUGGGGAGAAAGGAGAGUCGGGACAGCCUGGAGAGCCAGGACCACCAGGGCCUAAAGGCCCCACAGGCGAUGAUGGCCCCAAAGGGAACCCUGGUCCCGUUGGUUUUCCUGGUGACCCUGGCCCUCCUGGAGAAAGUGGUCCUCGGGGCCAGGAUGGUGCUAAGGGUGAUCGAGGCGAGGAUGGUGAGCCAGGACAGCCUGGAUCCCCUGGUCCCACUGGAGAGAAUGGACCCCCUGGGCCACUUGGAAAGCGGGGUCCUGCUGGCUCGCCUGGUCCCGAGGGGCGACAAGGAGGGAAGGGAGCCAAGGGGGAUCCCGGUGCUGUAGGUGCCCCAGGGAAGACAGGCCUGGUGGGUCCUGCAGGCCCAGCAGGGAAACCUGGUCCUGAUGGUCUGAGAGGCCUCCCAGGCUCAGUGGGUCAGCAAGGCCGACCUGGAGCUACAGGCCAGGCUGGGCCCCCAGGUCCUGUGGGACCCCCAGGGCUGCCUGGUCUCCGGGGCGAUGCUGGAGCCAAAGGAGAGAAGGGCCACCCAGGUCUCAUUGGACUGAUUGGGCCCUCGGGUGAGCAGGGAGAGAAGGGAGAUCGGGGACUUCCUGGCCCUCAGGGAUCCCCUGGACAGAAGGGCGAGACAGGUAUCCCAGGAGCAUCCGGUCCCAUUGGUCCUGGAGGGCCCCCCGGCCUCCCCGGACCUGCUGGCCCCAAAGGAGCUAAAGGAGCCACAGGCCCAGCUGGACCCAAGGGAGAGAAAGGUGUGCAGGGCCCUCCAGGACACCCGGGUCCCCCAGGAGAGGUGAUCCAGCCACUGCCCAUCCAGAUGCCCAAGAAGACUCGGCGCUCGGUGGAUGGAAGCCGCCUGAUGCAGGAAGAUGAGGCCAUGCAGACCGGGGGAGCCCCUGGCAGUCCUGGGGGGCUGGAGGAGAUCUUUGGCUCACUCGACUCCUUGCGGGAGGAGAUCGAGCAGAUGAGGCGGCCGACGGGGACCCAGGAUAGCCCUGCUCGCACCUGCCAGGACCUGAAGCUGUGCCACCCGGAGCUGCCCGAUGGGGAGUACUGGGUCGACCCCAACCAGGGCUGUGCUCGGGAUGCCUUCCGGGUUUUCUGCAACUUCACAGCAGGUGGGGAGACCUGUGUGACACCCAGGGAUGACGUCACACAGUUCUCUUACGUGGACUCAGAGGGCUCUCCAGUGGGUGUGGUCCAGCUCACCUUCCUGCGGCUGCUCAGCGUCUCAGCCCACCAGGACGUCUCCUACCCCUGCUCUGGAGCAGCCCGCGAUGGUCCCCUGAGACUCCGUGGGGCCAAUGAGGAUGAGCUGAGCCCGGAGACCAGCCCCUAUGUCAAAGAAUUCAGAGAUGGCUGCCAGACACAGCAAGGUCGGACGGUGCUGGAGGUGCGAACGCCUGUGCUGGAGCAGCUGCCAGUGCUGGAUGCCUCCUUCUCAGACCUGGGAGCCCCCCCGAGGCGGGGAGGGGUGCUGCUGGGGCCUGUCUGCUUCAUGGGUUAGGACCUCUGUCUGAUCCUGUCCAUCGGAACCAGGCCCACCUGGAAUCCCACAACAUCAGCUCUGUGCCACCUCCCAAGGGGGCUCCUCACCAUCUAGGGAGCAUUGGGCCAGGGCGCAGAGAGCCCUCAGUCAGGGGCAGGCAAGCCAGGGGAGGGGUGAAGUGGUUGCCCAGAUACCCCAUGGGAGGAGUGGCAUCUGGGGCUCUUGGCCCUCCCACCUGGAGCCUGUGACCCAUUAGAGAGUGGAGGUCCUUAUUUAAAACUCACCUCCCAAUCACCCCAAACAAAUGGAAGAGAAGAGAAAGGACAUGGUGCAUUUUGUAUUUAAAAGUAAUUAUAUUAAUUAUUUAAAGAGUGGGAAAACAAAAUAACAAAGAAAGAGAAAUGUCAACAAAAAUCAGCAGACGUUGGAGACGGGGCUCUGGGGGUGGGCUCCGGCACCCACAUCCUUUCAGUAGGGCUUUCCUCAGUGACUGUGUUUGUGGGGGUUUCAGGGCUGAACCCCACUUCCCUCGCACCUCCCUCCCACCUCAGCUGUCGCACCCACUGUGAAAGUUGGAAUAGAUGGUCUCCCUGGUCUCAGGGCUCUGACUCUGCCAGGGUGGGGCCCUCUAACCCACAGGUAUUGGCUCCUGGGCUCACGGGCCCACUGUCUCUUCCACUUGGUCUGGAUCUGGCAGACACUCCUGCUAUUUGAGGACCAGGCUGCUUCCCCAGGGAAGAAAUGGAAUAGUGUGGGGGUGUGUGCAGGGCUGCAUCCAGCAGGUGAUGGAAUAUUAAAAUUCUUCCAUAUUUGCUGGUAAAUUGCCAUGGCCCUGAGAAACCCAAUAUGUUCAUUGCCACCCCUGUCCCUCCCCUGGGCACCCCUCACCUUCCCUGAUCCUGCAAUUAAAAGGUUAAUGUCUGGCAUAUGGAAGGGACUCCAGGACCCUGUGCCCAGCGUCCAUGCUGACUGAUGGUUAAAUAAUGUGAUUGUCUCCUCCC